AUCCGUGUUAGCUACUUCCGGGUGUAAACGCCGAAGCUCUCCAUCGGGCUAGCCGUCAUGGCUACUUUCAUAUUCGUAACACUAUACGCUUUUAUAAACUGCUUUAUUUUUUUGCCAGUCGCACACAGCAACAGUGUUGAGACAAAAGCCACUCAGUUCUUCGGCAGCGGUCACACAAACAACUGGGCAGUGCUGGUUUGCACUUCGAGGUUCUGGUUCAACUAUCGGCACGUUGCCAACGUGCUGUCGGUGUACAGGAGCGUGAAGAGACUGGGCAUCCCAGACAGUCACAUCGUUCUGAUGUUAGCCGACGACAUGGCCUGCAACCACAGGAACCCCAAACCUGCUACCGUGUUCAGCCACAAGAACAUGGAGCUGAACGUCUACGGAGAUGACGUGGAGGUGGAUUACCGCGGAUACGAGGUGACCGUGGAGAAUUUCCUGCGAGUUCUGACUGGACGACUCCCAGCUAGCACGCCGCGCUCCAAACGCUUACUGAGCGACGACCGCAGCAACAUCCUCAUCUACCUCACAGGUCACGGUGGGAACGGCUUCCUAAAGUUCCAGGACUCGGAGGAGAUCAGCAACGUGGAACUGGCUGAUGCAUUCGAGCAGAUGUGGCAGAAGCGAAGGUAUAACGAGCUCCUGUUUAUAAUCGACACGUGCCAGGGGGCGUCCAUGUACGAGAGGUUCUACUCACCCAAUAUCAUGGCUCUGGCCAGCAGCCAAGUGGGAGAGGACUCGCUUUCACACCAGCCGGAUCUCGCCAUUGGCGUUCAUCUGAUGGACAGAUACACCUUCUACCUGCUUGAGUUCCUGGAAGACAUCCAUCCUGCCAGUCAGACCAACAUGAACGAUCUGUUUAAAGUGUGUCCACCGAGCCAGUGUGUGUCCACUCCGGGUCACCGCACCGACCUGUUCCUGCGAGACCCCAGCAGCGUCCUGAUCACCGACUUCUUCGGAAGCGUACGCAAGGUGGAGCUCACGCGGGAGGUGGUGAACCUGACCACACCCACAGAGGAAACGUCCACAAUCACGUCUGUUGCUGGACUACAUGAGAAGAGCGAGACGCUGUCUUACGCAGACCAGUUACCAGUGGCUGAAAUCAUCCAUCGGAAACCCAAACAGAAGGACUGGCAUCCUCCAGACGGCUUCAUCCUCAGCCUGUGGACACUCAUCCUGCUGGUCUUCUUCAAAUCCUACGGCAUCAAACAGCUCAAACACAUCUUCUGAACCGCGCCGGCGUUUCUCCCUCGUGUGUACUCGCCGCGUCGGCUCGAGCUUUUCCGCCGAGCCCGUGCUUUGAAAAGAUUUUUUUUUUUUUUUUAAAUUUAUUUAUUAUUGAAAUAAAGCAUCGUGAGUGCCGGGACACACUUUUAAAAGGCGACACGUUCUGACUACUGACUCUUGACGGUCCUUUGUUGUGCUGUCACAGGAUGUAAAUCUGAUUACAUUCCAGCACAAGGGAGUUUUUUUGGUGGGAGGAUGAGGAGAAGGAGGGGGUAUUUUACCACAAUUUUUUCCUUAGUUUCGUAUUUAAUAAAAAAAAAAAAAAAAAAAAAACGCUCGGAUGCAGUCGACCAAGGACGAACUCGCUUUGAACCUCGGCUCAGCGUGCUUUAAAUGCCACAGACGUCGUACUCGGAAACUCUCUGAGACCUGAAACACGGAAGCGUCGCUCUCAGACUUCUAUCUGAUUAGAAUUUGUGCACAAAUUAACGAACAAUUAACAAUAAAAAAUUAACAAUUAACAAACUCUAAGAGGUACCGGUUUAGUGCCGGACAAACUGCAUGUAGGAAUCAUUUAGUAUAGUUUAGCAUCUCAGCAUGAAACGCAUACUCGGGUCCUUUAUGACGUAGUAGGAAAGUCUGAUUGGUCGCGAGAUGUUUAACACCCUGUCUGUCUCUGGUUUCUAUAGAAACAACCGGCGGUACGACGCCCCCUUAUUUAAGGCUUACGACAUAGAAAUAAGAAAGAAAACCUGUUUCAGCGAGGAGAUUUAGGGAAGGAGUCUCCAGCGUCAGGUUUUUCUUGUUCCAGAGAAGCUGGUGAGUGUCCACAGCAUUAAAGGCAACCGAACGGAUUAAAGGUACCAUUUAAUCGAGGUUUAAUCAGUAAACCUCACGUGGCGUAGGAGGCCGUAUCUGUACCUCAAGCUGUUUUCAGUCAAUAAGAGCACUUUUUUUUUCUUCUCUUUUCAUUAUUUUCAUAACGUCUGGGAUUAAAUUAACUCUCGUUGUGGAAUCUUUGCACAUGUGCAAAUGAAAGUUGUUUUUUUUUUUUUCCCCUCUUUCUCUCAUUCCUCUCGUCUGCACGUCGGUCUAAUGCACCGGAUCAUGCAAAAAUAUCCUGCACUAUACAAAAAUAUCAGCCACUAAAAAUCUCUGUAUUAUGAAACAGAGGCUUUUUGUUAAACAAGGUUUUUCUAUUUAUUAGUAAAGAUGAAAAAGAAAUGCUGAGUGCUGUUUUUUUUUUUUCUUUCUUUUUUUCUUUCUUUUCUUGUUCUCGAAGCUUUCAACUCCACAUAAAUGAUUAUAUCAAGCAAGUAAUGUAAUUUUCUGUUGAAUUGAAAGUUGUAGCCUUUAGUCCAUUCUGGGUUUAUUCAGAUCUUACUGGACCUUAGUGGAUCUUACUGGAUACACUGUGCUGAGGAAACCUGAAAUGAUUGAGAAUAUCUCAUGCUAUAUAGCGAUACUCUGAAAUUUUGACCAAUAAAAAUGUAAGAAUGCUGAAAA